AUGUCCACGCCCCUCAAGAUCUUCCUCACCGGAGCAACCGGCUACAUCGGCGGCGACAUCCUAUACCAACUAAACGAGCAAUAUCCCGAUUUCACAUACGCGCUCCUCAUCCGCUCCGAAGACAAAGCGAAGACAGUGCGAUCACGCUACCCGAAAGCCCGGAUCGUCAGCGGCGGCAACGACGACGCAGCGGCCCUAGAGCGCGAAGCCGCGUGGGCUGACGUUGUGAUUCGUGAGUUUUCCGUCUUGGUGACCAUCAGAGGAUACGUGAAUGCUAAUGUAAAAGACACCGCCGACUCCUCCGACCACGCUGGUGCCGCGGAGGCUCUAGCCAAAGGCCUCGUGCAGGGCCACUCGGCCUCGCGGCCUGGCUUCUGGCUGCAUACGGGUGGUGCCGGGAUCCUGACGUAUUUCGACUCGGAGGUGAACAAGAUGUUCGGUGAGGAGGAUAACAAGGUCUUCAAUGACCUUGAUGGCAUUGACGAGCGUGUCGACGAGAUUGUUCUGAACACUGGGAUUGACCACGGUGAUGUAGUCAAGACGGCUAUCGUUGCCCCGCCAACAAUAUACGGUCAGGGCCGAGGUCCGGCAUCUAACCGUGGCCGGCAAGUUUAUGAACUGGUCUCUUUUAUUCUAAAAGAGGGGUACUGUCCGCGCAUUGGAAAGGGCCUGUCGCGGUGGAACAAUGUGCAUGUGCACGAUCUAAGCAGGCUGUUUGAGCGCCUGGUGCAGGCUGCGACUGAUCCAUCUCUACAAGCCAAUCCUGAGGUCUGGGCAGGACGCGGGUAUUAUUUCGCGGAAAACGGCGAGCAUGUCUGGGGUGAGGUGUCGACAGCGGUUGGUCAAGAAGCCUUCAAGCAGGGGCUUGUUAAGGGCGGGCCUCCAGAGCUCCGGGACCUGUCGAUUAACGAGGCUGUCAAUUCGUCGGCGGGAUUUGAAGCCGGGAGUUGGGGCAUGAACUCGCGGGGUGUGGCGGAAAGGGCUAGGAAGGUCCUUGGUUGGAAGCCGCAGGAGAGAGGUCUGUAUGAUGAGUUGCCCGAUAUCGUUCGGUCUGAGGCUGCUCGGAUGAAUCUUUGA